CUUCAGUGAUAUCUCAAUUUUGAUUUCUCUUGGCUUUGGUCUACUGUGAUAGAAUUUUUGAUUCAAAAUGCUGGUGGGUUUUCGAUGACUUCAAAAGAUAUUUGAUUUUUAAAUACCAUGAUUAAAAUGCUAAUAAGAUGUAUAAUUUUUACUGUUAUCAAUGACAUAUAUUUGAUAUCAAAAUCCGAGGAUACGAAUUUUUGAUAAUUCAUCGUAAGAGAUGCCAUUGACAGCAUGUUUGGUGUUUUUGGUGGUAUUUUGAGUUUGGUUUUUAUUUGAUGGGCAAGGGAGAAUUAAACUGAAUAUCCAGCAAAUUCAUCAAACAAUUUAGAUGGUUGGUUGUGAAGGAUUGGGAGGGAUUCUUAUGAAGAAAGAUGGGACUAGUGAGUUGGAUAUGUUCUAUCCAAUUAGAUCAGAAUGCCACGCUGACAUCCCGAAGACCCGUUUUAAGUUGAGGGCUGGGAAAACCCUUAGCGCAAGAAGAUGGCGUGCUGCAUUCUCUGAAGAUGGGCAUUUGGAUAUAGCGAAAGUGCUUAGAAGGAUCCAACGAGGGGGUGUUCAUCCUUCAAUCAAAGCAGUAGUAUGGGAGUUCUUGUUAGGUUGCUUUGAUCCUAACAGCACAUUCGAAGAUCGGAGUCAGCUCAGGGAACGGCGUAGGGAGAUGUAUGGGACAUGGAAAGCUGAAUGUCAAAAGAUGGUUCCGGCUAUUGGUAGUGGAAAGUUUAUUACAGCACCUAUCAUAACUGAUGGUGGCCAAACAAACGAAGAGUCUUCAACAAACAGUGAUUUGCAGGAUCAAAAUGGAGUUAUGUCUACACACCUUCCAGAUUCCUCUUUGGAUUGUGGUGGGCAUGUGAAUAAUGCUGUCUCAGACAAUAAAGUGAUUCAGUGGAAGCGUUCCUUGCAUCAAAUUGGUCUGGACGUUGUUCGCACAGAUCGAGUGCUUGUCUUUUACGAGAGUGAAACUAAUCAGGCAAAACUUUGGGAUGUUCUUGCUGUUUAUGCUUGGGUGGACAAUGAUAUUGGUUAUAUCCAAGGAAUGAGUGAUAUUUGCUCAACAAUGGUAAUUCUUCUUGAAAACGAGGCAGAUGCCUUCUGGUGUUUCGAGCAUGCAAUGCGAAGGCUGAGAGAGAACUUCAGAUGCAGUACAAGUUCCAUAGGAGUGCAAGCUCAGCUGUGUACACUCUCACAGAUAAUCAAAGUCAUUGAUCCAAAGCUUCAUCAACACCUUGAGGAUCUAGAUGGUGGGGAGUAUUUGUUUGCAUUUCGCAUGCUGAUGGUACUUUUUAGGAGAGAAUUUUCCUUUGUGGACACAUUGUAUCUUUGGGAGCUGAUGUGGGCCAUGGAAUACAACCCAAACAUCUUCACAUCAUAUGAAGGCCCAAGAGAUGCUACGGAUAGUGGUUUUGCUCCCAAAAUAAAUCACAAACUGCUGAAGCAAUAUGGAGAAUUCGAGAGGAAGAUCGUAACAACUGGACGAAGAGAGCAACACAGUGCACUUGCUGUUUUUCUUGUUGCAAGUAUUCUUGAGACCAAGAAUAAGCAACUUCGAAAGAAAGCCAAGGGUUUGGAUGAUAUUGUCAAGAUCUUGGGUGACAUAACUGGAAAUCUGGAUGCUAAAAAAGCAUGUAAGGAUGCAUUAAAGAUCCACAAAAAGUAUUUGAGCAAGACCAACAAGUCAUAAACAAAGUUAGUGAUCAUCAAUCAACUCCCUACCUCGGCGGCAUUGGCAGAGGGUUCACUUUGCAGAGAAUUUAAAUUAAUUUUUUUGUCGAGUUCCGUUCGGCCAUAUAUUUUUUGUUGUAGGCUUUGUGCUCAAGAUGUUGAUAUGAUAUGCUUCUGCAGCAUAAUGGUUUUAGCAGUUUUAUUUGAGAGCCUUGUACUCUUCUUUUCUGCACAAGAUCAUGUGCUGUUGUAUGCAAGGCUAUUGAAACAUAAAUCAAAAUUUUGGCAGAUUUACCCAAAUCACAGAUGCCCAGAUGCAUU